UUGGGUAGAGAUUGGGCGCGCUGCAUUACCCACAAUGCAUUAGAUCUUCCAAGUCGCCAUAUUUAUUGGAGUCCGUUGAAGAAGUUACUGCUAAUUUACAGAUUCAAGAAAUAAUUAAGCCCGUAUUUCAGUGAUAUGGAAAUUCAUCCAUUUGCCCUGCAGCAAGGGCAGUAUGGGGUGUAUCAGGGCAAUAUUGGGGCUAUAGGUAUGGUUGCUGGUCAGUUCAACAAUGUUGGAGAGGAGUAUGAAGAGGGUGAAUACAUCAAUGAAAAUUAUGGCUAUGAAGAAGGUGGAUAUGACCUUCUUCCAGGUCACCUUGGACAAAGACAGGAAAACACAGAAAGUCAGGCAGACUAUGAUAGGGAAAGAGAGAGGGACAGAUCCAGAAGGCGUGAUAGAGAUAGAGAUGGUCGUCGUAGAGAUGAGCGGAGAUCAUCACGUGAUCGUGACAGGACUCGUAGGCGAGACAGAGAUAGAGACCGCGACCGUGAUAGAGGACGAGAUAGGCGAGAAAGAGAACGGAGCUCAAACAGAUCAUCAGACGAUGAUAGGGAUUCUGACAGUCGUGAUGGUUACCACAGAUCAGAUCAGAGAGAGGACAGGGCUGGGGAGAAAUGGAUGACGGAUACACCAACAAAUACAGUCCUGCUGCGAAAUCUGCCACCACAGGUGGAAGAAAAAGAUAUCCGGGCAGAGUUGAUGAUGUUUGGGGCACCAGUACGAGAUGUACGUCUGAUGAGAAGAAGUACAGGUACCUCCCGGGGCUUUGCAUUCGUGGAGUUUCAGAGUGUGGGAGAUGCCCAGCGGUGGAUGGAUCAUUAUCAGGGUGUUCUGAACAUCCAGAAUCAUUAUUCUGCGACGAUGCACUACAGCACCCCAAAGACAGGGCCAGAAAAGGGACCCAUCCAUAAAACAGACUGGACGUGUAGCAAGUGUGGCGUCCAUAAUUUCAAGAGAAGGGAUCACUGUUUCAAGUGCAAUUUGUCGCGAGAAGAAUCGGAGAGGAAACAGGAAGGAGACGGAUUUGAUCAGGUCGGCACAAAUCCUUGUAACACCCUGAUAUUAAGAGGUUUGGAUGCACUUACCACAGAAGAUAACAUCGUUCAUGUGAUGAGUCAGAUCACGAGGUUCCAACUUAAGAAUGUUCAGAUCAUCCGAGAUGAUGCUACAAACACCUCAAAAGGGUUUGGUUUUAUGGAGUUGGGCACCGUGGCUGAGGCGUCACAGCUUUUGGAUCAGUUCAAUAAUCGCUUACCUCUGGAGGUGGAUGGGAAACAGCUUUUGGUGAAUUACGCCAAAAACACAUUCUCUACUGUGAUGGCUACUUUAAAUGCUGCUGCCAGCCAGUUUGUUGCGGCACAGGGUCAGAGUUGGGACUACGAUCAGGCCAACCAACAGGGUUACUAUGACCAAAGUUAUUACCAGGGCACUGAUUACAACCAGGCAGCUUAUGCUCAAUAUUAUGAAGGAACACAGACUGAUUCAACUAAUGCGGCGGCAGCUGUAGCCCAGGCAGCCAUUAACAAAUCUCUAGCAGCCAAACAACCACAGCAGAAGAAGGGUCAGGCAAAGGACCAGCAACAACAACAACCGGCAGCUCAAGAACAAAAUGCCACACAGGAGUUCCCUAAAUACCCUCCCCCUGAUGUAUCUACCUACCAGUAUGAGGAGACCUCUGGGUACUACUAUGAUCCAUUGACGACUCUGUACUAUGAUGCCAACUCCCAGUACUACUACAAUGCUCAGACUGGACAGUUUAUGUAUUGGGAUGCAGAGAAGUCAACUUACCUACCUGCCCCCUCCAACCAGAUCCCAGGGGCAGAGGGAGAGGUUCCAACUGACAAAAAGAGAAAAGAAGACAAAAAGGAGAAGAGCAAGAUGGCCAAGAAAAUUGCAAAGGACAUGGAAAAAUGGGCUCAAACAAUGAAUAAACAGAAAGAAGCCAUGAAAGGAUUCAAUGCAGCAUUGAAAGCCAUGAAUGGUCCAAAUGAGAGGAAAGAAUCGGCCACUGCUGAUGCAGGCUAUGCCAUUCUGGAAAAAAGUGCUAAAGGAGGAUUGGAGGAUAAGAAAUUAAUGCCACCACCAACGGCAGGGGGUAACUCUCCAAGUCGAGCUGCAGUUGGUGCCAAGCCUGGUUUGGUGGCGUCCUACGGAGGGGACAGCGAUGACGAGGAGCAGGGGGAGGAAGACUCGGGAAUUCUAGACGAGAGUAAACUGACUGACUGGAACAAGCUGGCUUGUCUCCUGUGUAAACGUCAGUUCCAGACCAAGGAGAUCCUCGUAAAACACCAGCAGAUGUCGGACCUCCACAAGCAAAAUUUAGAGAAUUUAAUAAAAUCAAAAGCUGCAUCGGGUGGUGAUUCUGGUCACUUUCAGUAUCGAGAUCGAGCUAAAGAACGCAGAGAUAAGUAUGGGAUUCCGCCCCCUCCAGAACCCAGACACAAGAGACCCGACCUGCCUGUUCCAUUUGAGCAGCCCACCAAGUCUGGUAUUGGUGGAGAUAACAUAGGUAACAAACUGCUCCAGAAGAUGGGCUGGCAGGCAGGGAAAGGGCUCGGGAAGUCCGGGCAGGGCAUCGUGAACCCUAUAGAGGCAGAGAGGCGAGCUCAAGCAGCUGGACUUGGAAUGAGGGGAGCUAACUAUGGUACAACAUCCGGUGAUGACUACAGGGAGUCGGUAAAGAAGACCAUGUUUGCAAGAUAUCAUGAAAUUGACUCCUGAUUCUCAGAAACUCUCUAGAAUGUGUGUGUAAGAGAUGUGUGAUUAAGUUGUGAGGAACAGUGUGAUUAAUUAUAUACACUAAGACAUGGUUUUAAGAAUCGUGUUACGCAGAUGUUUGAAUGUUUUUUACGUGUUCAAAUUUAUUAUAGGAUGUCGUGAUGAAAAUCAUUCUGACACUUAUAAUGUCUUUGUUUUAAAUCGAGGUAUCUCUCAGCUAACGAAAGGAUUCUGUGUUUUAAAAUUGUAAAUAUGUACAUAAAAUACAUGACAUGAAAGAUGA